AUGCGUGCCUACGCCCAUCCCAGCAUUGUGUCAAUGUACGCCAGCUACCUCGUGGGAGAUGAGCUGUGGGUGUUGAUGGAGUACAUGGAAUGCGGCGCCCUCACGGACAUCAUCUCACAUGCGAAGCUGACCGAAGAACAGAUCGCCACCAUCUGCCUGCCGGUGCUGACUGCACUCGCCUACCUCCAUGACCACGGCGUGAUCCAUCGGGACGUGAAGUCCGACUCCGUCCUCCUUUCCGCCAAAGGCAUCGUCAAGCUCUCCGACUUCGGCUUCUGCGCCAAGGUCUCCGCGGAAAGUCCUCGUCGACGGAGCCUAGUGGGUACGCCCUACUGGAUGGCACCCGAGGUGAUUGCUCGAAUACCCUACUUCACUGCGGCUGACGUCUGGUCCUUCGGUGUACUCAUAAUUGAGAUGGUCGAAGGCGAACCCAACCUCUUUGACGACCCGCCCUCUGUUGCCAUGGAACGCAUCAAGAAGUCCUUUACUCCCCAUCUCCGGUUUCCCCAGAUGGUAAGUAUCCUUGCGUCUAAGAAGUAG